AAGCCAAUUCAUCUGCAGAAGGUGUCACCUGUUACAUACCAAACCUCUAGGCAUAAAGCUUUAUCACAGAAACCAAGAAUGGAGGAAGAGACACCUACCCCUGUUUCUAGUGUCACAAAGGAAAAGUCGAGUAAAGUGUCAGAUCUCAUCAAUCGUUUUGAGGGAUGCAGCCCAUUAAAUCCUAGUGAUUUGAAGAAAGACUCCUCUGUUCUCCACAUUCCUAAAUCUCAAGGAAGAUAUGGGUCAACACCAUCACCUCAGCCAAAACUCCCCUCCCAGCACCCACUACAAAACCAGGGAAACAGUAAUACCAACAAAACUCAGGUUGCACAGCUACAUACAACCAACGGAGUAGCAGCACAAGACCAGAUGGAAGAUGAGGACAGGAGAUUACAUGAUCAUGGCUCCACUACGUCCACCCCGGUUCUGGAUAAUGCCAUCAACAGCAGCUUGAUAAAUGGGGAAAGUACAUCCAGAGAGUCAUUGCAAAGUGUGACUGCCUGUGAAGGGCAGAUGCUUAACAGCUGCUACAGGACUCCAAGCAGUGAUACACUGCUCCCAUCUGAAAAUGAAACUCUAGAAAUUAAUACUAAUGUGAAAGAAGAACCAACUGAGGAAAUCAGUAAGCAAGAUCAACCUGUAGAAGCAAAGGAGACGGAUGAACAGAAACGUCACAAAAUUGCCAGUGAACUUCUACAAACAGAAAAAGCCUACGUCAGCCGACUUGACCUCCUAGAUGGGGUAUUCUAUUCCAGACUCCUCGAGGAAGCCAACAGAGGUUCAUUUCCAGCUGAAGUGAUUAACAAAAUUUUUUCUAACAUUUCAUCGAUAAAUGCUUUCCACAGUAAAUUCUUACUUCCAGAACUUGAGAAAAGAAUGCAAGAAUGGACUACCACCCCCAGAAUUGGAGAUAUUCUGCAGAAGUUAGCUCCUUUCCUCAAGAUGUAUGGAGAGUAUGUGAAGAAUUUUGAUAAUGCAAUGGAAUUGGUGAAAACGUGGACUGAACGGUCACCUCAAUUCAAAUUCAUUAUUCAAGACAUUCAGAAGGAAAAAGUGUGUGGAAAUUUGACAUUGCAACAUCACAUGCUAGAACCAGUACAACGCAUUCCACGCUACGAGAUGCUUCUAAAGGACUACCUAAGGAAAUUGCCUCAGGAUUCUCUAGACUGGAAAGAUGCUGAAAAAUCCCUGGAAAUUAUAUCCACUGCAGCAAGUCACUCAAAUAGUGCAAUAAGAAAAAUGGAGAACCUAAAGAAAUUGUUAGAGAUAUAUGAGAUGCUAGGAGAAGAGGAAGACAUUGUGAACCCUUCAAAUGAACUGAUAAAAGAAGGACAGAUCCUUAAACUUGCUGCUCGCAAUACGUCUGCUCAAGAACGGUAUCUUUUCCUAUUUAACAAUAUGUUGCUCUACUGCGUCCCCAAAUUCAGCUUGGUAGGAUCAAAAUUCUCGGUUCGAACCAGAGUUGGCAUAGAUGGUAUGAAGAUUAUAGAAACUCAUAAUGAAGAAUAUCCACACACUUUUCAAGUCUCUGGAAAAGAGCGGACGCUGGAGUUGCAGGCCAGUUCUGAACAAGAUAAGGAAGAAUGGAUAAAGGCGCUUCAGAAUACUAUAGAAGCUUUUCAGCAGAGGAAUGAAACUUUCAGAAAUGCUAUUGCUAAAGAAUAUGAAGACACACCUGUCGAGGUUUCUAACGCUGAGCUUGGGAAGAGAGCACCAAGGUGGAUACGAGACAACGAAGUAACCAUGUGCAUGAAAUGCAAGGAGCCCUUUAAUGCACUGACAAGGAGAAGGCACCACUGCCGAGCAUGUGGACAC